AUGAUUUUAGCAGAUUCAUUUUGUCAAAACGCUAAUGCCCGCUUAAAUGAAUUUUCAACAACUGAAAGUGACAGUCCCUUGAUAGUACAAUUUGCUUCUAAUAAUGUAAAUGAUUUUGUAGAUGCUGCUAAACUAGUGUAUCCAUAUGCUGAUGGUGUUGAUUUAAACUGUGGUUGUCCUCAAAGGUGGGCAAUGAAAGAUGGUUAUGGAUGCGCAUUAUUGUACAAACCAGAAGUUGUCUAUGAAUUGGUAAAAGGUAUAAAAAACAACCUUCCAACCAACUUCAGUAUAUCUGUGAAGUUAAGAAUUUUGGAUGAUUUAAAAAAGACUGUAGCAUUGUGUCAGCAGUUGGAAAAAAGUGGCAUAAAUUUUUUAACAGUCCAUGGACGCACUCCUUCACAAAAGAACAGUGACAACAUUGACACUAACGCGUUGAAAACUGUAUGUGAAUCAGUUAAAGUACCUGUGAUUGCAAAUGGUGGCAUAAAAACAUUAGAAGAUGCUGAUAAUUUACAUAAUAUAACUAACUGUAGUGGUGUGAUGGCUGCAAAUGGUAUUUUGGUCAACCCAGCUCUAUUCAGUGGUGCAAAAACGACUCCUAUGAGUUGCGUUAAGUUGUGGAUGGACAUGAAGAAUAAGCACCAGGAUAAAAUAACAUUUCAGUGUUAUCAUCACCAUUUGGUUUUCAUGCUUGAGAAAGUACUGACGAGACAACAGAAGCAAGUUUUUAAUUAUCUUUGCACAUUUAAGAGUGUUGAUGAAUUCAUAACUACUAACUUAAUAAUACCAAGUGAUUUGAAUACACAUUAUAAUAUUGAUAACUUUGUGACUUGUGACUAUGCUGAUGAAAUAACAAUGAAACAUACUAGUAAAUGUCGACGUUGUGGCAAAAGCAUAUGCUAUUGUAGCUGUACCAAAUAUGAUUACGAUUUAAAUACCGGAAGUUUCUUUACUUCAUAUGUACAGAACUUUGACCAUUUAGAUUAUAUGGACUGUAAUAUUUUUGAGGAAACAAUUUGA